AUGGACAAUAUCAACAAAGGCAAAGUCUGGAUAUUGACAGCUCAGGUUGAACUCACUUCACAUGUUUAUCAACGUGACUGGGAUGCCCAAAUGAUCCAUGGUGCUUUGUCCUUCACAAUUCAUGCUAAUAACCCACCAGGAUUCAGUCCUUUUGUUUUAAAUAGAAAUCCAUCCAGCACAAAAGAUGGAUUUAUCAAAGACUUCUGGCAGCAAGCCUUCAACUGUGUAUUUAAAGCUUCAGAUAUGGAUGAGGUGAAUGGAGAUAUCUGCAGUGGGAAAGAAAAACUAGAAGAUCUUCCUGGAACAUUUUUUGAAAUGAACAUGAUUGGUCACAGCUAUAGCAUCUAUAAUUCUGUUUAUGCCAUAGCCCAUGCGUUACAGUCUUUAUCCAGAUUUAGGCAGAGAUCAACAGCAGAGGCAGGAAGACUGAACCUUAAGAAUCUAAAUUCAUGGCAGCUACAUCAUUAUUUAAAAGGUGUUUCAUUUAACAACAGUGCGGGGGACAAAGUGUCACUUGACCAAAAUGGAGAAUUACUAGUGGGAUAUGAUAUAUUGAACUGGAUUGUUUCUUCCAACCAAUCCUUCAUUAGGAAAAGAGUUGGCAGGUUAGACCCUGAAGCUCCACCGGACCAAAUAUUCACUAUUAGUGAAGAUGCCAUUACCUGGCACAGCUGGUUUAACCAGUCCCACCCUCUUUCAGCAUGUUCUGAAAGUUGCCACCCUGGUUCAAACAAGAAAGUGAAGGAGGGGGAAUCCUUUUGCUGCUAUGACUGCAUCUUUUGUCCAGAUGGGAAGAUUUCUGAGAAGGAAGAUAGUAAUGAAUGUUAUGCAUGUACAGAAGGAAGCUAUCCAAACAUGGACCGCAAUUUCUGUAUACCUAAAACAGUGACAUUUUUAUCUUAUGAAGAACCUUUGGGGAUCACUUUAGUUUUGUUUGCCCUUUGCUUUUCUUUGUUCUCCGUGAUGGUGCUUGGAAUAUUUUUGAAGAACCACAAUACUCCCAUUGUCAUAGCCAAUAGCCGAAAUCUCACCUACAUUCUCCUCAUCUCCCUCCUGCUCUGCUUCCUUUCUUCAUUCCUAUUUAUUGGUCAUCCUGAGAAGAUGGUAUGUCUCCUGCAACAAACGACUUUUGGGGUUGUCUUUGCAGUGGCUGUUUCUUCUGUAUUGGCAAAAACCGUCACAGUGGUUCUGGCUUUCCUGGCCACUAAGCCAGGAUCCAAGAUGAGAAUGUUUGUGGGAAAGAGACUGUCCAACUCCAUUGUCAUUUCCUGUUCUCUUAUCCAAAUAAGUAUUUGCAUGACAUGGCUAACAACUUCUCCCCCCUUCCCAGACACAGAUAUGGAUUCAGUAAUUGAAGAAAUUAUUCUUCAGUGCAAUCAAGGCUCUGUGACUAUGUUCUACAGUGUCCUAAGCUAUUUGGGCUUCUUGGCUGUUAUUAGUUUCAUAGUUGCCUUCAUGGCCAGGAAAUUACCUGAUACUUUCAAUGAAGCCAAGUUCAUCACUUUCAGCAUGUUGGUCUUCUGCAGUGUUUGGAUAUCCUUUGUUCCAACCUAUUUGAGCACCAAGGGGAAGUACAUGGUGGCAGUGGAGAUAUUUUCCAUCUUGGCCUCUAGUGCUGGUUUGCUGGGCUGCAUCUUUUUUCCCAAAUGUUAUAUAAUUGCUUUAAGGCCUGACUUGAACAACAGGGAAAAUUUAAUGAAGAGAAAACAAUUCUGA